AUGGCGAAGAAAUCCAAGAGUCCCUCUUCUUCCAGUUCAGAAAACGAUGAGCAGGAUGAAGAAGAAGAAAUUCAUCAUGUAUCACCGAGAGGUAACACACCUCCUCAAUCUCCUUCUCCAACCGAACCUGCUCAUGAGAAACUUCCAACACCACCUCCAUCACUGAAACAGAGAGUUCCUAUUUCGGUUGCUCAUGUUCCCCCACCUACCACAUCUCAAACAGCAACUUCUAUUCCACCACCGCCACCAAUUUCUACUAUUCCCAUUUCUACAACACCAAUCCCUACUCUCAUUAUUUCCCAAUCAACUUCCACAACUAUCCCACAACCGACUGUAGGAGUCAACUUAUCUGAUACGGGGGCGACUACUGAGACUGAACCUCCAGUUACUUCCAAACCACUUUCACCCUCACCUUCAACCAAUUCCAGUGCCACUCUCGGUGGUGCUAAUGAUGAGUUUGAUUCAAUCUUCUACAAUCCCUAUCGGCUUCCUACAGAUGAUGUUAAUGAUGCUCCAGUCACACGAAAACAAUUGCAAAGCAUUGACGAGAAACUCGACAACCUGCUUAACGCCAACAAGUCCUACAAUGAUUUUGCAGUUAAUGAGUCUACUUCUUCUUGCAAGAAGGCCAUUACUGAUGUUGAAGAAAUUGUUCACAACACUCAGAUCUUUCUUGAUUCGCUUAAAGGGCGUGUUGAUACCAGUGCAGCCAAGGUGAAUGCCUCUUUGGAUUCCUUAUCCAAGUCUGUUCAAGCGGAGCACACAAAGUUUGAGGCGGCUCGUUCUUCAAUACAAGCAGAGAAUACCCCCCUUAUCAGUUCUGUGACUUCUCGGCUUGACUCUGUUCACGCUGAUUUAGCUAAGGAGAGUGAUCUGAAGGAAGAACUUACACGCCAAGCCUCCACAAUUGAAAUUCAAAAGGUACAACUUGCUCAAGAAAAAAGGAGAUUUCUUUGUUGA